AAAAGAAAAAGGAGGAAAAGAAAGCAAAAGAGCUGAUAAAGUUUCUGGCUACAAUACAGGAGACAUAUCAUUACCAUAUGAUCUAAUGUGGGUGUCAGCCUGGAUUGUGUUCAUUGAGAGAAACCUUAUUUUUUAACUGUGCUAUGGAAUAGAAGCAGGAGGGUUUUCCACCAAGUGACAGUCACUGAGCUGAAUUUACCCCCUCCUCCUUUCCACACCUGCAAAGCCUUUUGCCUGGGUUGAAUAUUUAGUUUAAUUACAUCUCAGCUUUGAGAGCUCCUGUUGCAAAUCCCUGGAUUAAAAGGUUCUGCCUGGAGUCGAUGAACUAAGCCAUGAGGCUGGCUCUUCUCUUCGUCCUACUACUGCCAGCAUGCUUGGCCAAGCCGUUCCACCAGCAGGGCCUCUUUGACUUUAUGCUGGAGGAUGAAGGGUCGGCUGAUAUGCCUCCAACGGAUGAUCCUGUCAUAUCUGGAUUUGGACCAGUGUGCCCCUUCCGCUGCCAAUGCCAUCUUCGCGUGGUGCAAUGCUCCGACCUAGGUCUGGAAAAAGUGCCAAAAGACCUUCCUCCCGACACAACUCUGCUGGACUUACAGAACAACAAAAUCACUGAAAUUAAAGAAGGAGAUUUCAAGAACGUGAAGAAUCUUCAUGCAUUGAUCCUUGUUAACAACAAAAUCAGCAAAAUAAGCCCGUUAGCUUUUGCUCCUCUGAAGAAACUGGAAAGACUUUACCUGUCCAAGAACAACCUGAAGGAACUCCCAGAAAACAUGCCGAAGUCUCUUCAGGAGAUACGGGCUCAUGAGAAUGACAUCUCCAAGUUGAGGAAAGCUGUCUUUAACGGACUGAAUCAAGUGAUUGUCUUAGAACUAGGCACCAAUCCAAUCAAGAGUUCAGGCAUUGAAAACGGAGCUUUUCAGGGGAUGAAGAGGCUCUCCUACAUCCGUAUUGCGGACACCAACAUUACUAGCAUCCCAAAAGGCCUUCCCCCAUCCCUCACUGAACUUCACCUUGAUGGCAACAAAAUCAGCAAAAUUGAUGCUGAAGGUCUGUCUGGACUCACCAACUUGGCGAAAUUGGGUCUCAGCUUCAACAGUAUUUCUUCAGUUGAAAAUGGGUCUCUUAACAAUGUACCUCAUCUGAGAGAGCUCCAUUUGAACAACAAUGAGCUUGUCAGAGUACCUGGUGGGCUGGGCGAACACAAAUAUAUCCAGGUGGUCUAUCUUCAUAACAACAAAAUUGCUUCAAUUGGUAUCAACGACUUCUGCCCUCUUGGCUACAACACCAAAAAGGCUAGUUAUUCCGGUGUGAGUCUCUUCAGCAACCCCGUGCAGUACUGGGAAAUCCAGCCGUCUGCUUUCCGAUGUAUCCAUGAACGCUCUGCAGUACAGAUUGGAAAUUACAAAUAGAUGUCUAAAGAUGGGGUUCGGUUUUGUUUCAGCUAAAGUACCUGUUGUAAUAGGCCUGUUCAAAAAAAUUGUUGCUAACAAUUAAUGCCAAAUACCAGAAUCUUCACUUUAAAGUGGAGAUGAUCCAUUGAUGUAGAAUAAAUGAAUCAUUACAGAUGUACAAGAUCAAGCAUACCAUCAAAAAGAAUUGCCAACUGUGCUUUAAACUGACUUAUUUCAGCCUUCUUUUCCAGCAUGCUUUCUGUGGUAUUUUUCAGUUUGCUGAAUGCUACAGGUUUUCAGAUUCCACUGUAUAUGAGAUUCGGAGUAAAUAUUUGUCAAGCUAUGAUAUAAAAAAGAAAAAAAAGAUAGCGAUUGAGGUUAUUUUUAUAGCCACACAAAAAAAAAAUAGUAGAGGGAAAAAAGACUCUCAAAUCAUCUUGAGACUUGAGAAGGUGAGAGUUACCUCCUUUAAAUUUAUUUCAAGCCCUGGAGGUUUAAAAAUAUCCACUAUAACACUAAGCUAAUUCUGAAUGUAUCUAUUUAGCAGAGGCAAAUAAAGUUGUUGCUAAUGUCAUUAUUUUGGGAAAAACAAAAUAAAUUCAUAUUGUACACAUAGUUCUUUACAGUUUGCCAUUUUUCUAGAGCAAUGCUAUUCAGGAUUAGCCUAACAUAAUCCUAUUGAACAAAAUAACGAGUAGUCUGCAGUACAAAACCUGUAACCUAUGUCUGGAGCUCAAUGACUAAAUUUCUCUAGGGCAAAUCCCUCUCACCUUAGUCACAAGAGCAGUUUUAAUGACUUCAGUGAGACUGCCUUGCAGAGUAUGGUAUUAGGGUUUAGUCAUUGGUAUCAAUCCAUGUAUAUAUCUAAACCAAAAAUAAUAGCAGUUCGCUGUUCACUUGUUCUGCAUUGUACAUUUGUCAGCAUCCUUUACUGUUUUUGGUUUUUAAACAAUGUUUUUAAUUGUCAAGUAGAGAUAUGCAGGCUCCCCAUCUGAUGAAUUUGUGGAAUUUAGAUUAUAAGCAAAAUCAUAAGUAUAGCAAAAUAUGAAGUGAAAUAACUGCAAGGCCUAACUGGACAUUGCUGGGACAUCAUUGGUAGAAGUAUCUUAGAGUGAUUUGAAGCCCUCUGCAAAUUGGGAUUCUUCAACCUAUACCAGUGGGUAGCAAGCACAUCAAAGGUAGGCUGCACAUUUCUACUGUCAAUCUACAAAGCUAAACAUAUACUCAAUAAAAAUGUCACCUUAAAAGAAUCUUCUGCAGCCUCUUAAUACUCCAAGGUCAAUCUCUCUAAUUUGUAAAACUUAUAUGUCAUUUAUAUUAAAGAAUAAUGUAAUACAGGCAAA